GGUGCGAAUCCAAAGAAAUCGACAAUCACGUCUGACGUUCGACAGGAACUUGCCGCUGUCAUAUAUGACACAAAUGUGCUCGGAUUUAAAGGACCUCGAAAAAUGCAUAUAUUGAUCCCUGGUAUUUACGAUGUCAAUACCUAUGAACGCAAGUCGAUUCGUCCAGUUGCGCGCUUGCGUAAAACGAAUACCGUAAUCUUUGUUCAGGCUAAAGACACAUUACUGGAACGAUAUCGUCAACGACGAACUGAUGACAUCAUAGUAAUGCAGAACAAGAGUCCUGUGUGGAAUGAAGAUUCACAGUCAUAUGUGCUCAAUUUCCAUGGCCGCGUCACCCAGGCAUCUGUGAAGAAUUUCCAGAUUAUUCACGACCAUGACCGUAAGUUUGCACAAUAUUUGACCAAAAACAUGGUAAACACCGACUAUAUUGUGAUGCAGUUUGGUCGAAUAUCAGACGAAAGCUUUUCCAUGGAUUUUCGAUAUCCGCUCAGUGCUCUACAGGCUUUCGGAAUCGCUAUGACCAGCUUUCAUGGUAAACUCGCUUGUGAAUGA